AUGAUAGCCGAUCUUGUCCAACAUUCCAAGCAAAUAAACUUUAUUUCGGAGUCAGACUUCAUCGAGUAUUUGGCCUGCACAGACCAUGUUGAGGAAACUUUGGAAGACAUUGCGCGACUCAACUACAGUUUGUCACGGGAGAAGACCAUCGUGCUGAAUCUCGGAAUGUACAUCCGGCAUCACAUCAAAAGCGUUUCUGGUAUCCAGGCGGGAAUGUUGGCUCGGCAACGAGCAAGUGAGUUGCAGGGCGCGUGUUACAACAUAGCAAGCCGCAAACAUCGUUCUGUGGCAUACUGGGAGGAAUUGUUAAACAUGGACCACUCCCGUGUUAUGUUUGACAUUAGACGGGAAUUCCCGUCAUUUGAGUCAGGCAGCAUGUGCUACACGGAGGCUGCGUGCUACUUGCUGCGUAUCCUGGCGGUCAAUGAACCAAUUUUACGGAAAGGUGCUCUUAUGCUAGUGUUGUUCAGCCGCGUGCGGGAUGUGUUAGAUGGCAGCAGCGCCCUAAUCAAGCUUCGGUCGUAUAAAACUGAUCGUACCUACGGUGACUUGUUGUUGAAACCCCGAGAAGGCACCAAACGAAUUCUUCGUAUAUUCGUUGAGAAGUACCGUUCGGAUAUCCCCCAAAGGAGAAACAGCAAGUAUUUGUUCUGUACACAGUCCGGAGAUGCACUGUCGCAAGACUGUCUAAAACUUAAUCCUUCAUAUAAUUGGUAUC